AUUCUUCAGCAUACUUCGGAUAUGUAUGUAUGUUUUACCAACUAAGCUACAAAGAAUUAUGUAUGACCCUCAGUCUGAAAUUAAAGAUUAACAACAUGUUAGAGCAUCAAUGAAACUUUAAAGAAGACGUUAAUGAGUCAAAGAUGGCCUAAGUCAAUGUUUGAAUCCAGCCAAAACCAGGUAGAUACAGUGGAAAGACAUCUUAGAGAAAAUAUCAGUGCAGCAGCCUCACAGCUUAUGGAGUCCCUCUGAUGUCUGUCUUCUCAAUGCGUAGUGUGUCUGUGUGUGUUCUGGGUGAGUGGCUCAGGGUGCCCACCAGUGGUCCUUCAGUUUCCAUCCAGUCGCUGGGGGAUGAGGCCCUGCGACGCUACUACUGGACCAAGAGGCUGGAGCCUGGAGAUAAACAGAUAGGAUUUAGUAUGCGAAGGUGUCAAGGUGGAGAGCUCCUCCACCCUGAAGACCAGGUAAAGGAUGUUCUGGAGGACGAUGACUUUGUGCAGUUGGUCUUUGCAGCAGAUUGUAACACAGAUGUUUCUUCUUCACUGGAGAGGGCGGAGCAUUUUGCUUAUAAAAAGCCCAAAGAGUACCUUUUCCUGGAUGGCAACAAUCUGACCACAGCUGAUCUGGUCAGCUUGGGUCAAGGUUUGUUCAAGAUAAAGUUAACCCAAGAGGCCCAGGAGAGAGUAGCAAAGGGCAGAGAGGUCAUUGACACUAUCAUAAGAGACAAAAAGGUUACUUAUGGAAUCAACACUGGAUUUGGAAAGUUUGCGCGCACAUUCAUCCCGAGUGAACAACUAGUGCAGCUGCAGGAGAAUGUGGUUCGCUCUCAUUGUGCUGGAGUGGGUGCCCCAUUGAGCGCUACAAGAACACGCAUGCUUCUGGCACUGAGGAUCAAUGUCCUGGCUAAAGGACACAGUGGAAUCUCCAUGGAAACAAUUAAUGCUAUGAUAAAGGCUUUCAAUGCAUCCUGUUUGUCGUGGGUACCGGAGAAAGGUACAGUGGGAGCGAGUGGAGACUUAGCCCCCCUGGCUCACCUCGCCCUAGGCCUGAUGGGGGAAGGCAGGAUGUGGUCACCACAAAGCGGCUGGGCUGAUGCUAAGAUUGUGCUGGAGGGCCAUGGGUUAAACCCUCUGGUGCUCAAACCAAAAGAGGGAAUUGCUCUGAUUAACGGGACUCAGCUGAUAACGUCUCUGGGUGCCGAGGCUGUUGAGAGAGCUCUAUCUAUUGCCAGACAAGCCGACAUCAUCGCUGCCUUGACUUUGGAGGCCCUAAGAGGCACCACAAAGGCCUUCCAUGGAGCUAUCCACGCUGUGCGACCUCACCCUGGCCAGACAGAGGUGGCCGGGAGGCUUCGAUCUCUUCUUGACUCUGAAGUCUUCCCCUCUCAGAUCUCAGAGAGUCAUAGAUCAUGCAGUCGAGUUCAGGAUGCUUACACCCUGCGCUGCAUCCCACAGGUUCAUGGGGUGGUGAAUGACACUAUUGCUUUUGUGCAGAAAGUGAUUACCACGGAGCUAAACAGUGCCACGGACAACCCUCUGGUAUUUGCAGAAUUAGGAGAGACUAUUUCUGGUGGAAAUUUCCAUGGAGAGUAUCCAGCCAAGGCCCUGGACUACCUGGCUAUUGGUGUGCACGAGCUGGCCAGUAUGAGUGAGAGGAGGAUCGAGAGGCUGGUGAACCCUGCCCUGAGUGAACUACCUGCCUUCCUUGUCAAAGACGGAGGGCUGAACUCUGGCUUCAUGAUCGCCCACUGCACUGCUGCUGCCUUAGUGUCGGAGAGUAAGGCUCUGUGCCACCCAUCCUCCGUUGACUCCCUGUCUACCAGUGCAGCAACAGAAGACCACGUCUCUAUGGGAGGCUGGGCUGCUCGUAAAGCUCUGACAGUAGUGGAGCAUGUAGAACAAGUGCUGGCUAUAGAGCUGCUGGCUGCCUGUCAGGCUCUGGAGUUCCUGCGUCCUCUAAGCACCACCACCCCUCUGGAGAAGGUCUAUGAGCUGCUGCGCUCCGUGGUCAGGCCCUGGGACAGAGACCGCAUCAUGAGUCCAGAUAUAGAAGCUGCUCACACACUCGUGAAACAGCAAAAGGUCUGGAGGACAGUUCAGCCUUACAUGGAUGAAUACAGGAAGAAGAUGCAAACAUAAAGAGACCCAAGCGGCAAAUACUCAACUUUUACCAAC